CACUGGUCCCUGGGUGGUUGCAGUGGUAGUGUGCGAGCUUGCUGACCGAAAAGUGGAAUCCGGUCCCCUGUGUUCGUGGAGUCUCAGCCGCCGAGGAUCUCAGGGCUGGUUCCCGUCCCUUCGGAGCCCCGGAGGCCAAACUGGGAUUACAAGUUUAAGGUUUCCUAGAGGGCGGAAGAUAAGGAGCCGACCUCUCCCCCGCUGCGGUGUCUGCUGCGGGAGCGGCCAACCCCUACCCGAGUUAAAACUCCCGGGGAGUCUUCGCUGCUCCCACCUCCGCUUUUCCCGCCACGCUCCCACUUGGGGUCCCCCCCCACCAGGGCCGCGAGUCGCCGCGGUCGCCGCAGCUUGGCUGGGGGCUGGAUGUGCGCCCCCGCGGGUUCCCGGGAAUCUGGGAGCGGCCGCUGAGCCGCGGCGCGGGCGGAAAGUUUGUAUUCGCCCCGUGCAGCCUCACCCCGCGGGGCCGACCAGGGGCGUCCACCAUGAUCACCCGUGUCUUCAGCGUGCGCGUGUGGGCCCCGGUGGGCGUCUUGACUUCGCUGGCGUACUGCGUCCACCAGCGGCGGGUGGCCCGGGCCGAGACCCCGGGGCUGCCUGGCCAGCGUCCCGUCGACCGGAGUCUGCUGGAGUUGAAAAUGGUGCAGGUCGUGUUCCGACACGGGGCGCGGAGUCCUCUCAAGCCGCUCCCGCGGGAGCAGGCAGAGUGGAAUCUCCAGCUAUUAGAGGUCCCACCCCAAACUCAGUUUGAUUACACUGUCACCAAUCUAGCUGGUGGCCUGAAACCACAUUCUCCUUUCGACUCUCAGUACCGUAAAACCGUACUCAAGGGAGGCAUGUUUGCUGGACAGCUGACUAAUGUGGGCAUGCAGCAGAUGUUUGCCCUAGGACAGAGGCUGAGGAAGAGCUAUGUGGAGGACAUCCCCUUUCUUUCACCAACCUUCAAUCCACUGGAGGUCUUUGUUCGUUCCACUAAUAUAUAUCGGAAUUUGGAGUCUACCCGAUGUUUGCUGGCUGGGCUUUUCCAAAGUCAGAAAGAAGGACCCAUCAUCAUCCACACUGAUGAAGCAAGCUCUGAAGUCUUGUACCCCAACUACCAGAACUGCUGGAGCCUGCAGGAGAGAACCAGAGGCCGGAGGCAGGCUGCCUGUUUGCAGCCAGGAAUCUCCGAGGAUUUGCAAAAGGUGAAGGAAGGGAUGGGCAUUGCCAGUAAUGACGGAGUAGACUUCCUCAGCCUCUUUGACAAUGUGGCUGUUGAGCAGGUGCACAGCCUCCCAAGCUGCCCCACACUGAGGAGAUUUGCACAGAUGAUUGAGCAGAGAGCUGUGGACACGGCCUUGUACGUUAUGCAGAGGGAAGACAGGGAGAGCCUUCAGAUGGCAGUUGGCCCAUUCCUCCACAUCCUGGAGAGCAACCUGCGGAAAGUCAUGGACCCUGCCACUGCACCAGGCAAGACCAGAAAGCUGUACCUCUAUGCGGCUCACGAUGUGACCCUCAUGCCUCUCUUAAUCAUCCUGGGGAUUUUUGACCACAAAUGGCCCCCGUUUGCUGUUGAUCUAACCAUGGAACUCUACCAGCACCGGGAAUCUAAGGAGUGGUUUGUGAAGCUCUAUUACCGUGGGGAGGCUUCCCUGAAGGUUGGAGUUGGGGUGAGGUGGCACGACCCACAGUCUCCAUUUUGGAAGCAAAGAUCCAAACUGGUAUCAGAACUUGAGAGAGCACCGGUCCGGGAAUCACAGGCUGCGAGUUCAAGUCCUACCUCUGUAUGUACCAUCCGUGUGACUUUGGGUAAGUCCGUUAACUUCCCGUGAACAAGCUUGUAUAUCCUCAUUUGUGAAAUGAGGCUCUCAUAUAGUGUCUCCUUCACAGAA